AUGGACUCUGGCCAUCGAGAACAACAUCAACACGAGGAGAUCCUGCAAAAUCUGAAUGCGGCCAAUGGAUCACUGCCGGUGCUGCAAAAUUCAAAUUCUGCGGAUUUCCCAAUUGUUAAGGUCGAACAAGAACAAACGGAUGACUUAGAAAAUGCCAUUGGAGCCGCUUUGGGGCUGUUGGGAUUUUUGACCCAGCAACCGUCCAAGGAGGGAAGUGGCGAUGGAGAUAUGGACGUCGACGCGCAAUUGGCGCAGGUGGUAGGUGAUGUUUGUCUGUCGUUGGAAAGCCAAAUAGAUAAUGAACCUGUAGAGGAUGCCACGGUGCGCGAAGAAUCAGCUAGAAAUGAGGACCUCGAACAUGAGCUCAAAGAAGAGAAUCCGGAGUUUGCAGAUGACGUUGCGCCACUGAAAGCUAGUACUGGCACUGAAGAACCAAGUGGUGAGACUGGAGACGCACAGGAAUCACAAGCUGAAGCGGCAAUAGAGAGAGAGACUGUAGAUGACGAUGGGCGCAAGCAGGACCAGACUAACGAAGAUAUUCAAGCAGAAACUGCUGCUGAAGAUGAUGAGUUUGCACUCGCGUUUGCCGAGAUCGCUCAAAAGGUAUCAGAAGACCAUGCUCAAGUUGGUAACGCUCCUGACCUGGCGGAGCUGGAAUCACAUUCAAACCAUGCCGAAAAUGAAAAUGACGAAAGAGGACCGGAGACUGCAGGUCCCAAUGACGACACUAAUGUUGAUCUUGAAUCUGCCAUCAAUGAUGUGUUCAAGAAUUUAUCAAGUGCAAUCGGCAUGGAAGCAACAGCAGGUGCAAGCCAAGAAUUGACGGAGCCUCAGUUGCUGGAAGCGCUACGUUCAACUGAAAUGAGUGCUGAACCGCAGCAGAGCGAAAACCCUUCAAAGCCCUCCGAAAAUGACGAGGAUCACAAUGAGAUCGAAGCUGAUACCAGUACCGAAAUCAACUUGGAAGAUGUAAUUGGUCAAGCCUUCAAGUCUAUCAUUAAUACGUCUGAAGGCGGCACCACAACCGAACCCUUAUCGGCUCAAAAGCAGGCAGAAGCUGAACCAAAUCAAGCUCCAAAGACAGGAAUACAAGAUGUCGCCUUUGAUCUAGAAGGUAUUGUUAACAAUGUCGUCCAGCAAAUGGCUCGCGAAAAUGCAAAAGCUUCGUCAGAAGCUACUUCCCCUGACCCAAGCCGCCUUACAGAACCGUCUUCAUCUACUGGCGAGUCUUCUGGCCACCAUCUGGUGCCUACUCUUGCCGAAAACGUUUUGCAACACUUUCAAUUGAACACUUCUCUGCAAGUGCUACACUCAGAGGCCUCCAAAAACACGAAUCUUCCGGAACACUCAAAUGAUUCUGCCAGCGCACAUUCUGCUCAAGACACAAAUGACCGGGAAUCAGAACUUGAAAAGUUGCAAAUGAAUGAGAUUCUCCAGAACGCGUUCAACAUGGCAAUGCUGAACCCGCAAGAGCUUCUUGCCAGCGAAAUCGAUGACCACCAAAACCAAACAGAAAGCGGUUCUAGUCAUGCGUCCACUGCAGCUGCUAUUGCAGCACUUUCGGCCUCGACUGCUACUUCUGCCAGACGCACAAGUUCUGUACUGGAGAAAAGCAACAAGCCAAUGUCCAUUGCGGAAACACUUGCGCUUCACCGUUCCACAAUGGCAAAUGAAAAUCGCGAAGCCUUGGAUCUACAAUCGCUAAGAGCCAAUUUGCAAAACGAUGGGAGCAGCCCCAUUCAUCCUCAAUUGUCUAACAUCCUCUCGUCGUUGUCCCUGCACAUCCAAUCCGGAACUCAAUCUCAAAAUCUUAUGCUGGUGAUCCGUCAAAUGACAAAUUCUCUCAUGUUGAACAAAAAUUUUACACUCAAUGUGAACACAGCGGUUCUGAAAUUGUUAAUGGAAGUGAGCAGUUCGCCUGAGGAGAAAGCCUUCGUUGUUGAUAGUUUAAAGCGGACAAAACAACUUUUAGGUCGAAGAUCGGGAGAGGAAGAGUCUCAAAGAGCACUGACGUUGAUCGGCAAUGUUCUUUAUCUCCUAAAUCCGACUGCAAUUUCAAAACCCAAUGAUGGUAUUGACAUACCUAUAGACAACAUGAAUGAUGCUCGAACUGAUUCUUUUUUCAGUCAUGCAUAUUCUACGCUUGCUUCAUUCAGUAGUUCCCGACUUAAAAGCGCAUUGCUCGGAGUGAAACCCGAUUACGAAUCGGAAGAGUAUAAGGAAAGAAUCCGCAUUGAGAAUAGGGAACGUAAAAAGAAAUGGCGAGAAGAAAAUGCAGAGCGAAACAAAGACAAUGACCUCCGAGCCCGUGUAAUAAAAAGAGCUAGUCUCAUGUAUGGAGAUGAUCAGCUGCCAGAGAAACGGGCCUGGAUUGAGGAAGAAUUUGCCAGACGUCGUGAAAAGCGUUUGUCUAGACGAAAACAAGAAGAGAGCAAAGCUGAAAGUCCCAGCAUGGUUCCGCGACUGCCCUCUGGUGAUAAUAAGAUAUGCUCUCAGACCAUGUUGAAUGAUGCUUCCUUGGUUCGCCGUAUAACAGACAUUUAUAAUCUUGUGGCAGAAUGCGGAUCUGAAAGGGACCCUGAAGCCGUAAUGUCUGCAGCUUCUGCAGCAGUUGCAGUUGUGGCAACCUGCCAUACGGGUGACAAUGAAUUCGUUGAUGCGAAGCCGGCUCAGGCAGCCAUGUCACUGAUCUUGAACUCUAUCUUGGAGGCGAAUGUAAGAUCGGGUAGCUAUAAAAGAAUUCCUUUCAUCACUAAAGAUUCAAACAAGAUAGGAUCUUUGAGAAGUGGCCAAUCGCAUAUGGAUGAAAAAUCAUUUUCAGCUGACAAUGCGCCUGCUUUUACGCUGGUCGAGAAUUCUAAAGAUCAGAAACGAUUUGAUACUGAAUUUUAUGCUUCCGAGAUCAAACGAUUCAAACUGAAUGAUCAAGAGAAUUUACAGAAACCUGGGCAUGCAGAUGUUACUCCACUUUUGCAAUACUCCAAACAAUCUUAUCUCGCUUCCAAUUCUCCACCUGUCUGGAACUCUGUUUCUGGGCUAAAGAUGCCUCAAUACAUGAAGCAAAACAACAACAGUACAGCUCUUCACAAGCAACAAGAACCGGGCAGCGUUUACACAAAAUCAUUACCAAGAGGCACUUCACCUUUCUUGUCGAACAAGAAUAGCUAUGACCCCAAAUUAGGUGUCACAGGAGGUUUGAAGCGCCCUGGCUCAUAUCAAAAGCCUGCAAUGAAAACCGGAGACAAAUCUGGAAAAUCUUAUUCAUUUCCGACCUUUUACUCUCCUUCAUUUCUGCGACAAUAA